UAAUCAUUCUCCUAAAAAUGCUUUAACAUGUGACAUUAUUGCUUUGUCAAUAAAUACAUUGAGCAUGGGUUUUAUCGAGUACACAAUAGGAUGACAUCAACAACCACCCGGAACAAAAAAAACACGUUCACGCCUUCGCGCGUGUGUGUUCUGCCCGGACGUGGCCGGGCGCAGCAUGGCGGCGCCCAUGGGUAGGCGGCAUGAGCUCAGCGUGUCGCGGUGCAUCGAAGCUGUCGAGGAGCUGCUGAUGAGACACGCAGCGCCGAGGCCAAAGCCACUCCCCGAGCAGCUCGCGGAACACGUGGAGCCGCCGGGGAAGGCGCGGUGCUCGCGAGAAACCCGCCCGGCGCGAGUGUUCAAGGAGUGCAGUGCAAGGAACCUCGGGCAGAGGGACCUGGUGGUGCCUCAGGGGGUGCUGGUGAUGCUGUUUGAGGGGGGCCAGGUUCCUAGCGCGUUCAUCGCCGAUUUGAUGAGCUCGCAUGAUCUCAGGCUGCCCACCGUUACCGACUGCGUGCAGACAGAGAGCGGUCUGGCUGUUCGGUUCGAUCGGCGUGAAAUGUACAACAGGGUACUGGGAAGACACCCCGCAUCGGACCUCAUGAGUGAUGCUGGCACACCAGAAGGCCACAGGGCGUCACUUGAAGGCACGGCAGACCAACCGUCUGUUAAAACGCUCUCGCUGAACUGCUGUUUGCCAAAUGAGCGCUCGUCGAGCGAGGAUGGUUAUUGUUGCGAGUGUCAGGAACACGGGAAUUUACCAGAAGUUGCAAAGCGAGAGCUCCGAAGUUCCGUGGUGGUCAACUGUCCGUGUCUGCAACGAUGCGAGCCGCUCACACCAGGGCAUCUGCGUUCUGUUCUCCUUGCCCAUCAGCUGUCAAGACUGCUUUCGCUUGAUGGCUAUCACGUGUACAAAUGUCCAGCCAUCAAGGAAGGGGCACACGUGGAGGUCCUGAAACCACUCCGGGUUGAGUGGCCGACAUUACCAGCCGAGAAAACAGCGGCGCACGGUGACUCUGAUCCUCUCACUGACCCCGUGGCGGAGUGCCGGUCGCGGCUCCUGCAGUCAGGGUUCGCGGAGCCAGUGGAGAGGCAGAGUGCGACCGAAACCAAACUCUCACGCCGUUCCGAGCCGGAACUGGAAACGAACAGGAAGAAGGAGAAAGCGGAGAGGGAAACCAGAGUGGCGAACGAGGCAAAAUCAGCUCGUUCAUCUCCUGAUCAAAUGUACAGAGUCAACCUCCAGCAGUUUGUGAGCACGCAUUGCCUUGAAGGGAUGGACCCAAAUCUAAACACCGUCUUGGUUGAUGACGAAUACUUGGCUCAAGUGGUCGAGUUGGAAGCUGCGCUGAAUGGCUGCCAAGGCGGUGAGACCCGUCUUCUGCAUAUCGUUUGUUGCGAAGAGGAGUUUAACCAGCAGAAAGUUCAUUUGCUUCUUCAGUUGGUUGGUCAGAGUGAUGCUGUGAAGAUGCAGAGGCACGUGGUGGUUGGCAGUGUGAAGACGGGAGAAGGGACUUCGCAGGUUGACGCACUUGAUUAUUUGCGGCUCCGCCGAGCACAAAUGAAAGAGGCUUCAGUUAUGAAGUACGGGAACUCAGUGCAAGGCCCCGAGUGGGAGGAGAUUAUUGACGUCAUGACCGCAGCGACGGUGAAGUUUGAGCUGCUGUCCUCGGCUCACCGCAGCACGCUGCCGCUGGAGCUCGGCGAAGGUGCGGAGAGAGCGAGCGCCGCCAGGGGACGGCGGAGCGGCACGUUCGUCAUGUACAACUCGGCGCGUCUCUCCACGCUCUUCCAGAACUAUCGCACGGCCGUCAAACGAGGAAUGUACCCAAAGUUUCCUGAAGUAUCUUCGUUGGAUUUCUCGCUGCUGAAUGAAGAGGAAGAAUGGCGCCUUCUCUACAACUACAUCGUUCCGUUUGGGGAGCUGCUUUCUCGUUCGUCUCAUCUGGAACCAGCGCGGGGAAUUCACGCGACCGCGCACACGGACGUGCUCUACAAGUUCCUGGUGGAACUCAGCAUGGACUUCAGCUCCUACUACAACCGUGUUCGCGUCCUCUCUAUUCCGGGACAAGAAGGCUCCUCUGGUCGAGUCGCUCACUUUUCUGCAGAGAUGCCACGACACCAAGGUGCUCGCUAACAGCAACGAUGGGCUGGAAAAACAAUCAACGGAAGACAGAAAAGAGGAAGACCUGGGAGCAGAUGGACAGAGGCAGUAUAGAGACUCGGCACAAUGGGAUCGAACAAUAACAACAGCAGCAGGGAAGCCGCCUCAAGACCACAGGUGGAGGGAACUCGUGGCAACAGCGGGGUGGUUGUCUAUAAACAUGUGGCAGUUCAGCAACAUUGGUUCAAGCAAGCCUCAUUGCUGAUGAGACACUGAAUGUUGAAACCGGUUCACCAGAGUUUGCUUGUAUUGAACCAAUGCUGCUGUGUGGCUGGUCCGUGUGGCUGAUGGAAUGUGUAUUUUUAUUAUUUUCCACAAUGACACGACUGAAUAUUUUGUACGUAUAAUGUUGCCUGUUUAUUAAGAGCACUAAUCCCAACACUGUUUUAAAGGUUACGAUGAGGGAUGAUGUAUUUCAGCUACAAGCUGCUGGUACAAUUCAUCGUUGGAUUAUUAUACAAAUGUAAUUAUUUAAACGUGUAACGCUCCACCACACAGUAUUCGCUCAUUAUUUCCGAGAGAGCAGAAACCCACAGAUAAGCAGGAAGGCAUCCACGCGAUGAGCCGCUGCAAACAAUAACCCAAGCUCUGUGGUCCUCUAUACAUUAACGAUCCAAUUAAUGAGUGUUUACCUGUGGGAGGAAAACAGAGUACUAAUCCCAACACUGUUUUAAAGGCUACGUCAAGAAGGUCUUAUGGCCAUGAAUGCCACGAUCAAAAUUUCCAUGCGUGCGAGGGAAGAACACUCUAUCCCAUACAGACAAAACAAGUACAGUUCGCAUGUUUUCUAUACUGCCUUCACCUGGUGACACAGAUUAUGGCACCACCUCGACGCCCACGGCAAAUGCGUUUUGCAACAUGUGUGACCCACCAACCCUCGCGGCCUCCACAGCGCUGGGUAAGAGGCGUGCGUCGCGACCCAGGAGAGGGCCUCUCGAGCUCUGAGUGAAGUCGUCUCGCUCUGCGUGCGACACGACGCCGGUGCUCUGAGCGAGCAGAGUGGAGACGCUCGUGUUGACAGCUGUGAUUGAGCAGCUGCAGCUCACGGCGAACCACUUGAGGAGUACGCGCGCUUUCAUUUUACCACGUUGCUUUUAUAUUUAUUUGUUGUCAAAUGUAAAGCGCCCUCUGAAAAUCCAAUGGAAUGAUCCACUACAAUCUAUAUCAUUAUGAGGCAACAGCAGCAAAUUUGUCUACUGCUGGAUAAAGGAAUUGGCUUUUGGAUAUGAAGACCUUGCAG